AUGGCUAUUUAUUACGCACUUACUUUUGGUAUUCUGGUCACUGAGAUGAUCAUCUUUGGUCUUUUGGUUCUUCCUCUACCCUCUCGUUGGCGCCGUGCUAUGCUCAAAUUCGCCUCCACUUCUCCCAUGAUGGCCAAAGCAAUGUACGCUCUCAAGAUUAUCUUUGGCUUUAUUUUUGUUCUCUUUAUUGACACUAUUAGUCGUCUCAGCCGUAUCGAGUCCGAAGUAGAAGGUGAAAAGUCCCACCAUCAUGACUAUGGCUAUGAGACCAGCAUCAAGGCCAAACGCUUCUACGCUCAAAGAAACCUCUAUCUCACUGGCUUUACACUUUUCUUGUCCUUGAUUUUGGAGAGAACCAGUGCUCUUGUAUUGGAGUUAUUGCAACGUGAGGAGGAAUUGAAGAAGGCAAAAACCGAGACUGCUGAGGUCACCAAGGGUCAACAACGUUUGAUUGAUAUGGAAGAUGACUACAAAAAGAAGGUGGAUGUAUUGAACGUCCAAAUCAAGGAAUUGAAGCGUCAAAAUCUUGAUUUCGAGACAUUGAAGAAGCAAGCCAAUCAACAGUCUGUGGAAUACAACAGAUUGGCUGAUGAGCACAAUAAAUUGGAGAGAAGCUUGAGUGGAAAGACCGAAGUAAAGAAGGAUAUUUAA